GAGUAGUUCUGGGCCCCAACGGAGGGCAACCCUCAUGUCAUCUUACACGUUUCACGGAUUCUAUUGUCAGAUGCACUGGGUCUCUGUACAGCGUGUCCUUCUCAACUUUUCUAUUCUUUUUCUUUUUCUCUUUUUCUUUUGACUGUUGAUUUCCCGCGCUCGAGUAUUAAACUAGGGAAUAACCGCUCCUCUGCUAUGACAGCUGGGCGGUGUGACAGAUGGGCAAUUUGAAAAGCGAGCACACUCUAAUUUAAUGCGCGUUGGUCAGUUAGAUUUGUGAAUUCCCCUUUGUUUUUACGCAAACGUCGGCUACAGAACCAGAGGACACUUUGAUUGGGUAGCCUAAUCAGCUUUUAUUCGUUUAUUUCGCGUCAGAACCGCGUUCUGUGACAGCCUAUAAAUUCAUCACUCUCACAGAGCACAAACCAUCAGUUACAAAACGCAAACGCAUUUUAUUUUAACGAGGUUGUAGAUAUCCAGCUCAUUCCUUACUUUUGUUAAAACCAGCUUCUUACUCAUUUGUUUGUAAGCUUACGGUGAUCUAGAACAGCAUGGCUGAGGAGCACAGCAAGAGCCAUGAGUCUGAGACCCCAGUUGUUGUUGAUGAGGGAUCAGCUGUGGAGACCAAGGAUCGUGGGUUGUUUGGUUUCUUGGGGAAGAAAGAAGAAGAGAAGCCUCAAGAGGAGGUGAUCGUCACAGAGUUUGAAGAGAAGGUUCACGUAUCUGAACCUGAGCACAAAGAGGAGGAGAAGAAGCAUGGUCUGUUGGAAAAGCUUCAUCGAUCAGAUAGCAGUUCUAGUUCUAGCGAUGAGGAAGAAGGCGAGGGAGAGGAGAAGAAGAAGAAAAAGAAGGAAAAGAAGGGAUUGAAAGAGAAGAUCAAGGAGAAGAUAUCGGGCGACAAAGAAGAAAAGAAGGAAGAGGAUACCACAGUCCCUAUUGAGAAAUACGAGGAAGCAGAAGCAGCACACCAAGCAGAAGAAAAAAAGGGUUUCCUUGAGAAAAUAAAAGAGAAACUGCCGGGACACAACAAGAAGGAUGAAGAGGUAACACCACCUCCACCUCCACCUCCACCUCCGCCCCCAGCUGAACAUGUUCAUACAGAGGCAGCCUCUCCUUCAGCAGAGGCCAAGGAGAAGAAGGGUAUCUUUGAGAAGAUCAAGGAAAAGCUUCCUGGGUACCAUCCAAAGACAGAGGAAGAAAAAGAGAAAGAGAAAGAGUCCCAUUAAAAAAAAAGCACUAUUCUUUGAAAGCAUCAUGAUGAUGAUAAGUGUGUGGCUUGUAGUGCUUGAGUAAUGAUGGUUUUGCUGGGUUUGUUUAUCGUAUUUUUUGGUUUUGAUUUAAGCUUGAUUAUGGGCAAACUUUGUACGUAUGUGCUUGUAUGUAAGUUUGUUUAUUAUUAGGGUUUAUGAUAUAUUAUGUUAUUAAAGAGGAUGAUUUUAUUUCCUUUGUA